AGACGAUCCCAAAUCAGACUAUAGCAGUGAAAACGAAGCCCCGGAGGCUGUCAGUGCCAACUGAGGAGUUGUUGUUUGCUGAAUUAAAAAAAUACUCUUGACAUUUCACCCCCCUUUCCCAACAAAAAAAAGUUCUUAAAGAGCCCGCAUGCAUUUGUGGCUCCACAAUUACAUCAGCAGAAUGGUCUUAAUUGUUCCGUAAAGUGUGAGACAGAUUAAGUUUUCCCUGAUUUUUUCAUGAACUUGAGUUUUUUGUCGUUAUUGUUAUUGUUGUUGUUGUUGUUUUUUAAUUUAGGUGAAGACAUAUUAAAUAUGAGACACCAGGACUUGAAAACUUAUCUCAACCCAUAGCUGUCUUACAAGUCUUAUAUUUUUGUCUUACUUUUUUUUUUCUUUUUGGAUGUUGAUAAAGGUUUAAGUUACUGUUUUAGAUGGGGUUAAACAUUCUCACUCAGGUAUGCUGUGCCGGCCUACAGGUUGUGAAUGUGUUUUUAUUCUGAAUUACUUUAGAAAACAACAAGAUUUCGUGUUGUGAAACAGGACAAGUCCACGGCCUGUGCCGCUGCAUGGAGAGCAUAUUCAAAAGGCCUCGGAAUUCCAUUUUUUUUUUCCAUAUGUAGAGUUAAACCUUGAAUGUGCCAAACUUUUUCAUAACUUUUGAAUCUUAAUAUUUUAAAAGUCUUAAAGGAGACACUGCAAAGUCUUAGACAAUCUUUGGCAUCUUAAAAUAAAAUAGCAAACCACACCUUUUUUUUUAAAUUUUAUUUUUUCCAGAAAAUGGUAAAGUACUCAGGAAUCUGGAGACAAGAUGUAAAGAAUGCAUGAGGUUGCCACAGUGCACGUACGCAAUUGUGUUUGCCUCUCUUGUGCCAUCAGUGCGGGGCAUGGAAUCAUACACACCAGACACCAGUAUGGGGGUCUUCUUGGCCUGAGGCCACCGCUCACUACAUCCAUUUUUCCCUUUGCCUUUAACCCUGACAUUCAAGCUUUGACACAUUUUCUCUUAAAUAAUUUAUUCAUUCCAGAAUGUCAAGGGUCUACCUACUAUUUAUUAAACAAAUUAUUGAUGGCAUUAAUUUAAUAACUUUUUAAAUCUUCCUCCACUGAAGAAUUUUCAGCCCUUUUCACCUCCUUCUCCUGCUAGAUACAAGAGGUGUAUGUCCCCAGAACAUCUGGAAACAUUUCGGAAACAAAAUACUAUCAAAUACCUGCAUUGUUGUUUUGAAGAAUGUGUGUACAUCCGGCUUUGGGCUAUGUGUUGAAGUGACGGGGUACAGUCUCAUACUUAAACGUGUAUGCCCUCAAGGGUCACUGUGACCUCUAAUCUAUUUGCAGAGUUCUCCGCUGGUUCACUUUGCAGGAAGAGAUGGGAUGUUUAUUGGUGGCAUUUCCCCUGAAUUUCAUUCAGCAGAGAGGGUCAGUAGUGGUACCUGCUAAGUAGGAGAGUCUUGCAGCUCACCUGAAGCCCAACGCUCAUGAGCCCUGUGGGCAGACCACAGAGGAGCUGUCAUGGGGAUGGCACCUUUAUACUGAGUUGCCUUUCCAAGCUGGCCCAUCCGAGGAGAUCUUUACAAAAUUGCCAGGAUAUAAGAAGCCAUAUGACAGCCUCAAAACAGAGAGACGAGGCAGGAAGUCAUUCAUCCAGAGAAUGAACGAAAUCUAUAGGGAAGGAGAAGCGGGAAACACAUUCCCUAUGUGGUAUGUUCCUACCAUCAACUCUGGGGAAUGGAUGGUUUGUAGGACAGCAGACAAGUUCCUCUGUCUGCUCCUCUUCUUUAUGGCUGAAUGGGGAACCUACCCUCUUGUGAGCAGGAUGAACCGCACUUGUCACUCCAGGCACACCCUGGUGCCUGGGACUGGACUGGGAGGCUGCAAGGCUCCGCUCUUGGUCUACUCAAUGCAGAGAGCUCAGCGCUGCCAUGUUGAACCUUCUUGAACCCAGGCCUGAUUGCCUCUGGGGAGCCUCACCAUGCAGAAGGGGUUGGUGGGAGGGUGUCAGUGAACGGGACAAUUUGCCUCAUAUGGGACAACCCAGAAUCUCAUCACCAGGACAUAGGAACAGCCCCAUCAGAUUUCUUGAGCCAUUUUGUCACUUGGAAGAAAAUACUAUACCUUCAUAUUUAUUUAAACAGUGCUCCAGGCCAUACCUAAUAGCAAUAAAUAGGUCUAGCCAAGAUCCGGCUCUGUUAUUAGCUGGGAGUGCGCUCUAUGAGCUGUUAAGGUACUGAUAGGAAUGUUUUGUUCUUAAUAUUGUUUGAGGAUUGGAGUUAUGUUAUUGUACAUUUAUUUCAAGUGAGGAGGAGAUCAUUUUUCUUAAAAAAUGAGUAUUUAUUAUGUCUUACUGAUUUCUUUGAUCAUAUAUCUCUCCUCCUCAGUUCAUUCUCAUGUUUUUUUUUCCCCCUCUUUCUCUUUGGUUUCUUUGGCUUUUGCUGUCACUCCAUUUUUUUUUUUUUUACCAUGUUGCAUUGGUAGAGUGCUGUAUGGCUAGCAUUGAAUUGUAUAUAGUUAAUUUUGCACAAAGGCAAACAUUUAGCAUAGUAGGUUAAUUUUGUUUGUUUUUAUGACCAUGCCAAAAUAAUAUUCUGGGCUGGUGGAGAACAAAGGACUGUUCUUUAAGACUGAAACUUGAUUUUGCUUGUAGUAAGAAGAAGAAGAAAAAAAAAACAAAAAACACACACACUCACAGAUGUUGUUUCGUAAGUGUUAUAAGCACUGGAUAUAAAUGGUAUUUUUUAUCACUUCUGACUAAUGUGAAACUGUUGUACGAAAACUACACGAACAAAAGUCAUCUGUUUCGACUCGUGUGGGCUUGCCUCACAGUUGCCGGAUUUGAGUCAUUUUUAUGUCUUGUUAUUUCAUUUAUUUAUGCAAAAUACAUGUGUGUAUGAACACUUUGUUUUAGCUCCAGCUCUGCCUCAGUACGGGGGUUCAGUAACUUUUAGUUAUGUCCUUCAAAAUGAAAGGCUAUUCAGGACUGAUCUGAUUGUAAACGCCCCUUUCAUUGGCUCAGACAGACAGUAAGGCUGUAUCUGAAUCUAAAUUUUGUGCAUACACAGCUUAUUCUAUUUAUUAGCCAAGUUUGGCUCUAAAUAUCCAUGGGAAAGAAGACUGACAAUCAUAGGGAUUACUUCAUCUUAUUUCAGUGGGGCUUAAACAAAGUUCUUAUGACUUUACCAUCUCAUUUUAGAUUUUUUUCUAAUUGUGUAAAUAUAACAUAGAAAUAGAAUUUAUUUUUGGUCCAUGAAUUCUCAGUGAGAUAUAAGUUAUAUGUUUCUUUUUUGUUCUCUAUCUGUACGUGUUGGACUACACUAAAGGCAGGCACAGGGACUCAGCUCCUGUACGUGAGGGUAGACAGCCUGCGUCCUGCAGCCCAGGUAGCAAAGCUCAGUCCUCAGCUUCUCUUGCAGCUUGGAACUCAAUGCCCACAAACUCAGACUCUUCCCUUAUUUUCUCAAAUUGAUGCAUUGCAUGUUCUCCAUUUCCAGUUUGGCUAGGAGAGAGUCGAUUUGUGAAGCCACAGGAACCUGUGUUUUGUGAUCAUUUCAUGGCAAGAAACAUGAGUUCCAUUUGAAAGGUAAAAAAUCUGUGUCUCAGACUGGCUAUGAUUAAAAACCCUGCCAAUCCAGUUAAAGAAUGUUAAGAAACUUUUAUUUGGUGUUCCUUAUUCCAUAGUAUCUUCAAAUCAAAGGUCAAAAUUAGUUUGUUCAAGAACUUACACAUCAGGGUCUUCUUUUUCAUUGGGAAUAAGGACACUGGGGCAGACAAUCCUCUCCUUAAAAGAAUGGGCCAUAUGGAAAAGGAAGGAAGGAAGGAAGGAAGGAAGGAAGGAAGGAAGGAAGGAAGGAAGGAAGGAAGGAAGGAAGGAAGGAAGGAAGGAAGGAAGGAAGGAAGGAAAGGAGGGAGGGAGGGAAAGGAAAGAUUCAUUUGCAGACAUGAGCAACCAGGUCAGCAAUUCCUUUACUUCACUGGCAAAAUUGUAGGCAGUGCCCUUCAUAGAGGUAGGGAAUCUUUGUUGUUGUCCCCAGUAGCUGGCUCAACCUUUUAGUAGCCCAUCAUCAGUUUGCUCUCUUUGGUACCUGAUACCCUCUAGCCUGUCCUCAGGCCUGAUUUGGUUUGCCAGGGUCCUGACAUGGACUCCAAAGCCAAUGUCUAAAUUCAGGUGUGGGACUCACAGUGCUACUGAGCUUGUCAAAUUCUGGCCUGUCCUGGACAUUACCCCACAGGAGUGGGGAGUGUUUGAAAAGAUGUGAUCACUCUAAGGCUGAAAUUAAAGGCUACAGUCUUUGCUUUGGGAAGCCAGGUUGUUCCUUUGCUUUUCAUCAUCCUGAGCCAGGAGUUGUAGGCACUAGCUGUAAGUUCGGAUUGUCUCCAGGAAGAUGGCCUAGUCCCUUGAACACCACAGUUGAGUCAGUUCACUCAUUUUGCAGAGUUGAUUUCUGCCAACUCAUUAGGGAAAGGGGGAAAAAAAGUCACUUCGUAGUUUCCAAACCUACAAGAAGUCCUGUACCAAGUGCCAACAAUUGCAAAGAAAUGCAGCUGGAGGAAUGUAUUUAAAUGACUGGGUCUUCCUUUUUUAAUGAGCAAGUGACAGAAAUGGUGGCUGUAGCCUUGCCUAAUGUUGUACACAUUGGUCCAAGGAUUGAGUUGGCACUUAAACUCACUUCUCAAAGUAUAAUAAUAUCAUAUGACCUCACUUGUCCUUUUACAAAAGCACUUGCAUCAUUUCCUUAAGCCAUCUGUCCCCUGACGUGUUUUCUCUCUUAAUAAACAGCUCUGUUAUUCCUGCCAAUCACGUUCUGUUUUUUGAUGCCAUAUACGAUCCAGCCUGCCUCAGUGCUAAUAUUUGAUAUGCAAACACAUUUCCUUUUCACCCCCAUCUCAUUGUUUAUCUUACAGAAGCUCAUGAACAAGUACUGGGAAUGCCAGUACCUUUGGGGCAGAGGUAGGGGUGGGUAGGGGAGGGGUUAAAGGUGAGGCUUCCUGUAGGGGCUCUUCUAAAGGGUGCCUGUGGCAAUAGGAACACUUGAAAGUAAUUUGGUGACAUUUCUGGCUCACAGUUUCUUAUUCCUGAAGAACCACAAGCAUAUAGUGAGGCCUCCAUGCUGGUGCUCUUGGAGUAUGGGGAAUGUGCAAAUAUUUAACUGUCUCGUGUGCCGCACAUCGCAGGUCUGCUCAUGUGCAUUCUCCGUUCGUCUUCCUUUGUCAAAUGUGUUUUUGCUUUGCUUUUUUUUGAAACUGCAGUCUUUAUUGUAUCCUUCUCCAGCUUGUUGCAAAUUAGAAUGCUUAGCAUUUAUGUUCAUUCAUUAUUGUAUUUGCCAUGUAAAAUUUUUUAUUACCUUAGACAAGCUUAUAAGCUGUUACUACAUAACUUAUCUUACUGUAACUCUUUUAUUUCCCCACAUUGUAAUUUGUUUGUGAUGUAUAUUGUGAGAUUGUAUUCUAUGUUAAUUUAAUCAGCACAAUUCACUGACAUGCUGGACUGACAUGCUGGCUGCUGUUUCAAAGUGUAAAGUUUGUGUAGGGCUGUUGGGACAACCGCAAGGUUGUUGUCGAGGUACUGUGCUCUGGUUUCUAUGGCAACACUGUGGGUGUGACCCUUGGGGUUCUGGGGACAUUUAAGACACCCUUGAGCAAAUUUUAACUGCAGAUUUUCUUUGUAGAAAUUCUAUGUAUAAUGCAGGUACCUACUUGGCCCAUGGCUGGUAACUAUUUGGGCAAUUAGAAAACAAAACAAAAACAAAACAAAACAAAAAAAAACCUAGUGUCUAUUGCUGCUUUGAAUAUGUUUGAAAGUCUGAAAAUGUAAAUAAUUUAUCAAAAAAAAUCUUGUACAGUCCAGUGUAAAGUUUUUAAAUGACCUUAGGGUUGCCAUCACAUCUUUCUCACACUCUCCUCUUGAUAAUGAGAAAAAAGAAAAGUUUGCUAAGGAUUUAAAGAAACCGAGGGGAGGGGAGAAGCUCUUCAAAUGUAAAGGAAUGGAUCAUUAUGCUUAGCUAUGUUGCAUACACAAACCUCUUGGAUUUUGUUGUGCAGUAUUGACGUGAGAUAAAACUCAACAUUGAAUAAUCUUUCAGUGGUACUUUUCUGAGUCUUCCCCUCCUCUGCCUCAUGAAUAAGGGAAAAGACAAAGUUGAAAGACACGCUGUCUUUAUCUAUCCUGGUGUAUGUUGGCACCUUAGCUACUUUUUUUUUUCCUUUUUUGCACAAGGUGCUUUCCUGAUAUGUUAGACAUACCAUCCUUGGGUGAUAAUGUAUAUGCCAUGCUGUGGCUCAGGCCCACAGGGGAGUGUCUAUAAGAACUGCCUAUUUAUGCUCAUUUACCUCAAGACUGUCCUCUAUCCUAAUCUAGUUGUCAUCACUCCAUCUUUUGUACUGCUGUUGACACUUACCAAUUAAAGAUAAAUUUUGUUUUAUGA